GCUUCUUUGCUUCUCUCUAGCGAUCUCUCUAAAACCCCUGCGGUCCCAGCCAGUGCUUAAACCCAGAAAUGGCGAUGAGGGCGGCGGCGACGGCUGCGAUUUCCGCCAAUUCUCGGAUGGGGAGGGGAUUAAGCGCCUUGUUCUCUUCUUCAAGCUUUCCUUUUAAUCUCCCCCAGGCUAAAGUCGAGAAGCCUCCUCCCGCUGAGCCUUCUACCAAUCUCUUCGUCUCUGGGCUUAGCAAACGUACAACAACAGAAGGCCUUCGUGAUGCAUUUGCUAAGUUUGGUGAAGUCGUCCAUGCUAAAGUAGUGACUGAUCGUGUAUCUGGCUACUCGAAGGGUUUUGGGUUUGUACAAUAUGCGACUAUAGAACACGCUGAAGCAGGGAUCAAGGGCAUGGAUGGCCAGUUUUGUUUGUAGUUUUUGGAUGGUUGGGUUAUUUUUGCGGAGUAUGCAAGACCAAGACCUCCGCUGCCCCCUCUGAACAAUGGACCUCCUUAUGGCCAGCGGUGAUUCUCUCCUCCAGAGGGAAAGCUCCACAUGUAGAAGUAUGCUGCUCGCCCAGCCAAAACAAUGAUUCAGUUCUCCCAGCUAAAACAAUGAUUCAAUCAUCAGUUUAUGUUCUUAUCUUGAUUCGAAUAGUGCUAGUAAUUCUGUGUGGUCGUUGGCAACUUAUAGCUCAUUUCUGUGGGAAAUUAGUUGAGAAUUGUUGUUUCUGGGUACUUACACAUUCCCACUGUAUUCGUGUAUCACAACUGCCUGGAAGCAUUAUAUUAAAAUUGGACUAAAUCUUGCUACUAUAUCACUGCAUCAGAAAUACAAAUUUGCAGUUGCUUGCAA